GUCGCGAUGGCGCGGCCUGGGCCUCCCGGGCCCUCAUAGGCACCCCGCCAUCCUCCCUCGCUUUCCUCUUAUGGCGGCCCCGCACCCCGACAAGCUGGAGGGGGGAGUAGGCCUCGCUCCGCCUGCUCCGGGUCCGCCGCCUCCGCCGCCUCCGCCGCCACCGCCGGGUAGCAUAGCCACAGGCCCAGGCCGCAAGCAGGGCAAGGCCGGCCUUCAAAUGAAGAGUCCUGAGAAGAAACGGCGCAAGUCCAACACGCAGGGCCCCUCCUAUUCCCACCUCUCGGAGUUUGCCCCCCCGCCCACCCCGAUGGUCGAUCACCUGGUGGCAUCCAACCCAUUUGAAGAUGACUUUGGCAUCCCCAAGGUUGGGUCUUCCUCCGCGCCUUUCCUUGGCAGCCCCGGGCCCUUUGGGAACUUCCGCAUGCAGGGGGCGAUGGGGCCCCAGGUCCCGCCCAGCUACAGCGGGGGUCCCCAGCCGAUGCGGAGGCAACCUCCCCCUUUUGGACCUAACCAGAUGGGCCCGGCUUUCAACAUGCCUCCCCAGAACCCUGGCUACGUGCAGCCUGGUGGGAUGGGCUUCGGCGGGCAGCCGUUUGGGCAGGCUCUGGGCCAGAACUUCAGCCCCCCGAGCGGGCAGCUCAUGCAAGGGCCCAUGGGGGGCUUUGGCCCCAUGAUGUCGCCCACCAUGGGGCAGCCCCCACGUGGGGGGGACAUGGGCUCCGGGCAAGCCCUCAACCCCCCAGGGGGACCGCCGAUGGCCCAGCGCUUCAGCCAGCCCGCCAACCUGUUUGGACAGUCCCCCCUGCAGCGCCCCAACCCGACCCUCGCCAGCCUGCCCGCCAACCCCAGCCCCUUUCCGGGCCCCGACCCAGGCUUCCCCCCCUCCUCUGAAGACAGCGGGGGUGGGAAGCCCCUCCACCCACCCCCCAACAGCUUCAGCCAGGAACAGCACACCGGCUCGCCGACCGCUGUCAACGGCACCCAGCCUGCCUUUCCGCCCAACAGUGCCGGGCACAGCGGCGGGACGGGGACCUCCGAAGCCAACAGCUUACCUCCCCCUGGCAAGGCGGCCGGCAACUCUGGGCACCAGCCUCCGCCUGGCCUCGUCUACCCCUGCGGGGCCUGUCGUAGCGAAGUCAACGACGACCAAGACGCCAUCCUGUGCGAGGCAUCCUGCCAGAAGUGGUUCCACCGGGAGUGCACAGGCAUGACCGAGAACGCCUACGGGCUGCUGACCACGGAGGCCUCGGCAGUUUGGGCCUGCGAUUUCUGCCUCAAGACCAAGGAGAUCCAGUCGGUCUACAUCCGCGAGGGCAUGGGGCAGCUGGUGGCCGCAAACGACGGCUGAGCCCCGGCCUCUCUUGCUGUCCUCGCCCCGGUGGCCUGAAGGGAUGGUGACUCCAGUUUGUACCACUAGACACUCGGCUGGGGGCACCGAGCCCUGUCCCUUGCACCCGUCCAGCCGAUAAGGGAGCUGACUGUCCAAAGAUGGCGGUGGAGGCUGCUUGGUGGCGGGGCAGAGAGGAGUGUGCCUGCCUGUUUUUUUUUUUAAAGACCCCACAAUCUCAGGGUUUUUCUAUCCUGACCCUGGACCUGCUGGUCUCAUAUCAGCUGCCACUGAGCAGUGGGCACACAGUUAGACUGCAGCGGCUGGGCACAGAUGGUCCUUCAGAGGACAGUUUUAUGUCUUUAUUGACCUGUCGAGCGUCACCAUCCUGCGUUUCUCUCACCCUCGUGCACUCCCAGACCACUACUGUGUUUGAAACUGCAAAUCGCCCCACUUGCCUUGGAGGGUUGGCCAAACGAGGUCGGGCGGGUUCCCAGCCCCCCCCCCCUUCCUCUAAUCUUCCUUACUGCCAUGGAGGGCUUCAUUCCAGUUUCGGCUGAACCCGGCAUCCGUUUCGCCACUUGGGAGUUGAGCGGCCAUCGCUGUAUCAUCCGGUUUCUUCCAGUAAUUCACUGAUGCAAUUAAUACCUCUUUUUUGGGGGUGUCUUGCAGGAAAAGACCCCAACCCUACAGAAUGCAACAGAGGAGGGUCCGGGCGCUCCUGAUUUUGCCUUCCAGCUUAAAUUUUGGAACGAUCAGCUGCCGCCCAGGCCCAAAGUGAACUCUUUGGUAGCUCAAAGUGACUGCCACGCUCUUAAGAAAAAGCUGUAUGCAUGGGGAAAGAUUUGACCGCUGCCCUUUGAGUCACAAGAGGGCUUAAAAAAAAAAAAAGCAACUUUUGGGACCUAUUUUUUAUUACCAUAAUUAUUAUUAUUAUUUUCACCUUCCGGUAAUUUUCCCGACUCUGACUUUGGUCGCUGUGUCUGCUUUUAUUUUUGUUUGGUUUUGGUCAAGUGGUUACUGAUGUGACUUUGAUAAUUGUUUCUAUCCCGCUGGACAUUUGAUGGGAAGAGAAAUGGGGGGGGAGGGAGGGGGAAGGCAAGGUAUCGCUGGAUUCAUACACAGAACCUCCCUCGUGUUUUAAUGUGCGAACAUUAAAAAAAAACCCAAAUUUU